GUACUUUCUGCCCCAAUUGAAUUCAUGUCACCGGGUGGCCGAGUAUCAAGAAACACGUACCAAGAUUUCAUUAUUAUUAUUCAAUGGCGUCGACUUCUUCAUCAUCCGUUCAAAGGAGCUUCGUUUAUGAUGUCUUUUUGAGUUUUCGGGGUGAAGACGUACGUAAAAGUUUUGUUGAUCAUCUCUAUAAAGCUCUUAAGGACAAAGGCAUUAUCAUUUACAAAGAUGAUAAAAGCAUUGUGCAAGGGAAAGAGAUCAGUGACCAGCUCAUCGCUGCUAUUAAAAAUUCAAGAUUUCACAUCAUAGUCUUCUCCAAGAACUAUGCAAAUUCUGCGUGGUGCUUAGAAGAGCUUGUACAUAUCAUGGAGUGCCAUGAGACGGGGGAGCAGACGGCUUAUCCCAUCUUUUAUGAUGUGCAACCCACUGAAGUCCGCAAACAGAGUGGGCCAGUUGGAGCAGCAUUUCAGAAACAUAUAAAGAAAGAGACUGGUUGGGGAUGGAGAAAUGCUUUCAAUUUUGUAGCAUGGCAGGAUUGGUUGAACACCAGUGAUGGACAUGCCGGGAAUGACGCUACUCAGAGAUGGAAACAUGCUUUGACACGAGCAUCCAAUCUGGCUGGGCGGGAGUUGAAGAACACUGGUGAUGGCCACGAAGUUCAGUUCAUCAAAAAAGUUGUUAAAGACAUUUUACAAAGUCCACAUUUCACCAAUUUCAGCAUUGAUGCUGACUUAGUAGGCAUGGCGAUCCGGAUACAGAAAUUACUUUCAUCUUUGCACGUCGACUCUGAUGACGUCCGGGUGAUAGGAAUCAAAGGGAUGGGAGGUGGUGGGAAGACAACUCUUGCAAGAGCUGUUUUUGAUCAUAUAUCCAGUCGGUUUGAAGGUAAAAGUUUUGUUGAGAAUGUUAGAGAACGUUCAAAAGUAGGCUCUAGUUUGCAUAAGUUGCAAAAACAGAUCCUUUCGUCCGUGUUCAACGAUGAUAGCAUUUUUAUAGAAGGUGUAUCUGACGGAAAACGUUUGAUGAAAACGAUGAUGCCUGGUAGAACAGCUCUUAUAGUUCUAGAUGAUGUUGAUCAUAUAGAACAACUUGAGGCGUUAGUAGGUGACUCUACUUGUUUCAAACAUAGAAGUAGAAUCAUCAUUACAACGAGAGAUGAGCAAGUGUUGGUAGGAUAUGGCGUUCAGAGGGACAAUAUUUAUGAUGUCGAUAUGCUAUCAGAUGAGGAAGCAAUUAACCUUCUCAGUAGGCAUGCUUUUAAGAGAGAGAGUCCAAUUCAAGGGUUUGAAGACCUAUCAAAAAGGGUUGUAAGUUAUGCUGCUGGCCUUCCUUUAACUAUCAAACUUUUAGGCUCGUUUCUUUGUGGUAGACCUCAAGAUGAAUGGAAAGAUACCAUCAAAAGACUAAAAACAAUCCCAUGGCAUGAUACUUUGAAAAGAUUGGAAAUAAGCUAUGAUGGUCUAGAGGAGGAUCACAAACAAAUGUUCCUCCAUGUUGCUUGCCUACUGAAAGGCCAAAAGGAGAGUGAGGCCAUCAUAAUGCUAGAAAGCUGUGGGUUUCAUGCUCGAAUUGGUUUAAAAGUUCUUGAGCAGAAAUCCUUGAUAACUAUCCGUCCUUGCGGACAUAACAAUUGUGAAAAGGAGAUAGUCAUUCAUGAUCAUAUAGAAGAAAUGGGUGUUAAUAUUGUUCGUCGUUUGCACCCUGAUGAGCCUAAUAAACAUAGUAUAUUGUGGAAGAAAAAUGAAAUUGAAGAUAUAUUAGUCAAUGAAUUGGGUACCGAAGCAAUAAGGUGUAUAAAAUUGGAGAAUUCACGUCUCCAUGCAGCUAAAAUUCUGCAAGGUCUUAGAAAGAUGACGAAUCUAAGAAAUCUUUUAAUUACUUCGAGAUACACGAAAAGUGUUGAAGCUGGCGGAUACCUACCAAAUAGCUUACGAUAUCUAGUUUGGAGUCGUUACGGUUUUCGGUAUUUACCCAAAAUAUUUCAAGCCGAUAACCUUGUUCACCUUUGUAUGAGAAGGAGCUAUAUCCGUCAACUCUGGGAAGGGGGAGAAAAAAAGGUUCUUCCAAAGCUCAAAUUUCUUGAUCUUAGUCAGUCAAAGUUGGAAACCUUUGACCUUGAGAUGACUCCAAAUCUGGAAGAACUAGUUCUUCUAGAAUGUAAUAAGUUGGUAGAAGUCAAUAUGGACGUCAGAUGUCUGCAUCUUAAGGAGCUAGAUCUGUUGGGAUGUUCGGCCUUGAAAAAACUCAACAUGUCCAAUAAAUGUCUGAAUCUCAAGAAGCUAAAUCUGUGUGCAUGUAAGAACUUUGAAGAACUCCAAAUGCCGGUACAAUUUCCAAAGCUAGAGUCACUCAACUGUGGCUAUACCAAGUUAACUAACCUGAACCUUGGGAUGACUCCAAAUCUCAAGCAUUUAUAUCUUCAGAAGUGCAGACUCUUGGUAGAACUGCAUGUGCCUGUUGAAUGUCCAAAGCUCAUAACCCUCGAGCUCGGUGGUUUUAAGGUGAGAGACUUUAAACCUGAUCUGGCUCCAUUUUUGGAGAAGUUAGAAAGUCUGGAAUCGUUGUCUCUAUGGUGCAUUGAUAUCGAGUGUCUUCCAUAUAGCAUAUGCAUGUUGAAGCAUCUGAUACGUCUUAAAAUAAAGAAAUGUUUGCAUCUAAAGCAGUUACCUGAGGAUCUUGGUAGAUUAAGAUGUUUAGAGGAGUUAGACCUGGAGGGUUGUGAAUCCUUGCAGCAUAUUCCCAACAGCAUCUGUAAGUUGAAACGUUUAAAAUGGGUAGAGCUCUCUGACUGUAAGGAGCUUAAGAAACUGCCUGAUAAUUUUUACAGUAUGAAAAGUUUAGAGACGGUAGGUAUAAUAGGUGCAGGCAUGUGGUAUAGGUGAACAUUCAUAGAAAUUUACUCUAGUUUAUGUUCCUGUAUUCAUAUUUUGACUUCAAUUUCAAUUUGUCUUUCGAUUA